AUGCAGUACGCUUUAGAACAAGCUGUGGAUCGUGCUGAGCAGGUCAUUGAGAGCACCCAACAGAGGCCGCCUAAAAGGAAAUGCUUAUCAACUGGAGAACAAUCUCUUCAUCAAAAACUGUAUGACAUCUAUGUUGAAGAGUGUGAAAAAGAGCCUGAGUUUACGGAGGAAUUAAAGACCAAUGUGAACUUGUUAGAGAAGCUUGUUAAAAGAGAAUCCCAGCCUUGUUUAGUGGUCAACCUGUACCCAGGAAAUGAGGGAUAUUCGCUGAUGCUCCAGGGGGAGGAUGGGUCCUAUUCAGAGACCAUUCGACUGCCUUACGAACAAAGAGAGUUGCUGGAAUACUUGGAUGCAGAAGAACUACCUCCUGUCUUGUUGGAUAUCCUGGAAAGAUCUCAAGUUAACCUUUUCCAAGAUGGGUGUGUCAUAGCAGAAGUCCGGGACUACAGGCAGUCUAGCAAUGUGGAAGUACCUGACUACCAAAGUAGGCACAUCCUGUUACGCCCAACGAUGCAGACCCUGGCCUGCGAUGUGCAAGCAAUAGCCAGCGAGCACAGGGAGUGGACUGAGGAAGAUAAGCUCCAGCUGGAAAGCCAGCUUCUCCUCGCUACCUCUGAACCACUGUGCCUUGAGCCUUCUGUAACUGUAGCCUGCACUGCCAACAGACUGCUUUACAACCAACAAAAGAUGAACAGUUACCCCAUGAGACAGAACUUCAAGAGACAUUCUGUGCCCUCUCUGAAUCGCCAGCAGGAGCUAGCUGAUUAUUCCACUCCUCCUGAGCUGAAAUUACUGACUUGUUGGAAAAAAAGCAAAGAGAAAAAAGCAGUUAAGCAGCAUGACCUCAAAAUAGCUAAAGCAGGAAGUUCUGUUGAUCUGUGGAAGCAGAGACCCUGUGAGUUGGCUGUACCUUCUGAGGUGGAUGUGGAGAAAUAUGCUAAGGGAAAGAAGAUGCCUGACAAACAUGAUGCCACACAGCCUGCAGUCUGCCCAACCCCUGAGGUAAAUAACACUGCUGUUCCUACAUUUGGGAUUGGCGAUCAAUCCCAGACAAUAAGCCUGAACUCUACACCAUCACUUAAUGAUAUACUUUACUCUAGUAAAGAAACUACACGGUCUGUACCUAUGCCUGACACCCACACUUUCACUAAUGAGCACUCAUACAGUGCGGUGCCUGAAUCAGUGACUCAUGCUGGGAAGGUUGUCAAUCAACCUGAGCAAUUGGUCCAGAAGAACUCCAAAUGUCCAGUCAUGAUGUCACCCAGUUCCAGUAACUCAGCUAAUGUCAGCCAGAUUUCUUCAGGGACAGUGCCAGAAAAGCCUGAGGUUGUGUUGAUUGAGACUUCAGUACCAGGGAAAGGAGUCCAACAUCCAUUUCCACCCAUCACCCUUCUCUCGAGCUCAGGAGAGAGUUCCUCAGGGAACAACAGUUUUACUCCUCAAAAGAUAAGCAUCUUCCAUCCAUCUCCAUCUCUUGCUUCUACGCCACAACGUCUUCCCCAGAUUUCCUCUGCAGAAGUCCAUGGACAUAGCAUUAUUACUGCAGCCUCCCAGAUAACUGCUACCUCAUCAAGGAAAAACCUAGCCACUGCCACUCAGGUCAUGGUCAACUCUGCUGGCCCGAUGGGAAGCAACAUGGAAUCAAACCCAGCAACCAGCCCUCAGAAGACCAGUCACCAAAUGUGCCGCCUGGUGUAUUGCAGGCACCAUCUCAAGAGGGUGUUCAAGAAUCUUUGA